AUGGAGGAGGUAAUGGUGGCUCCGCAGCAAGCGCAUGAGGCCCGGAUUCGAAUCGUCUGCACGUCGCUUUGCCAGAGCGACAUCACUUUCUGGAAGAUGAAGGAUUUCCUCGAGAUUAUGCCCAGGAUUCUCGGCCAUGAAGCGUUCGGACGCCCGGGACGAGGAGAUGAAGCAGCAAUCUUUCCGCCGCCAGAUUCUAUUGGACGCAGUGUGAGAAUUCAUUGCGGUGCUAAAGAAAAGAUAUAUGUCAAGGACAGGUGCGGCCCUCGGGGAGAUGUUCGCUUCAGUGGCGGCUGGGCUUCUCCAGGACUCAGAGUUGCAAUUCCAUCGAUGUCAAUCCUUCCUGACGGAUACCAGCAGUCAAGUUUGAGAAACGGAUGUCGGGAAGCUGGCCCCUGUUGUGUGAUCGAGGGGAGAAAUGGAUGGCGUCGGAACAUCUAG